AACUGUGGCUCAGUUGACAGGAUCCCGUGAUCUCGUCUCGAGACCCCCACCCACCCCCUUCUCUCCCCCCUAUUCUUCCCCCUUUUCCCUCCCCUCCCGAACCAGAACCCGGACGAGCUCCGUACCCACUGCCCGCCUCUGUCCGUGGUCCUGAACACAGUCUCCUGGCGGAUUUAGUGGAUUGUUCCCCCCAAAAAACCCUCCUGCGUGGAGGCGUGAGAGCGGACAUCAGCAUGAUUUCAUGGAGACUGAGGUCAUGAGCAUCCCGCGGCUCGGCACCGGCGACUCCGGGAUCUGAAACCCACACACACAGAGACACACACACACACACACACACAAAAGGUGGAACAUUUUCGGUUCACCUUGGAGGUCAUAAACCAGAACCGCGACCCCCCCUCCCCUCUCACCCUCAUCUUCCUCCUUCUCUUCUUCCACUAAAGGCUUUUUUUGGUCUUUUUUUUUUUGGAGGGGACUUCAUCCUCUCCAGAGCGUGACCCCCCUCCUCCCCUUCCCACCACCUCCACACACUCCCCCUCCCCUCUAAACAAAAUGAGACUGGCAAAAAUGUGCCGACUAAACGUGCUGGGGAUCUAUUUGUGGCAAACGGUUGUGUUUUUCAGCUUGGCAGCAUCCAAAGAAGCUGCAGCGAGGAAAGCUGCCUCCCCGAUGCCACCGUCCGAAUUUCUGGACAAGCUCAUGGGCAAGGUUUCGGGGUACGAUGCCAGAAUCCGACCAAAUUUUAAAGGUCCGCCUGUCAACGUAACCUGCAACAUUUUCAUCAACAGCUUCGGGUCCAUCGCCGAAACAACAAUGGACUACAGAGUGAACAUUUUCUUGAGACAGCAGUGGAACGACCCUCGGCUGGCCUACAGCGAAUAUCCAGACGACUCGCUGGACCUCGACCCCUCCAUGUUGGACUCCAUCUGGAAACCUGACUUGUUCUUUGCCAACGAGAAGGGGGCCAACUUUCAUGAGGUCACCACCGACAACAAGCUGCUACGCAUCUCUAAAAAUGGCAACGUGCUCUACAGCAUACGAAUAACGCUGGUCCUGGCCUGCCCCAUGGAUCUGAAGAACUUUCCAAUGGACGUCCAGACCUGCAUCAUGCAGCUGGAGAGCUUCGGCUACACCAUGAACGACCUAAUAUUCGAAUGGGACAAGAAGGGGGCCGUGCAGGUCGCCGACGGGCUGACACUACCUCAGUUCAUUCUGAAAGAAGAGAAGGACCUGCGCUACUGCACCAAGCACUACAACACAGGUAAAUUCACCUGUAUCGAGGCUCGUUUCCACCUGGAGCGUCAGAUGGGUUACUACCUGAUCCAGAUGUACAUCCCCUCUCUGCUCAUAGUUAUAUUGUCCUGGGUUUCCUUCUGGAUCAACAUGGACGCCGCGCCCGCCCGGGUGGGCCUGGGCAUCACCACCGUGCUGACCAUGACCACGCAGAGCUCUGGUUCAAGAGCCUCUCUGCCCAAGGUGUCGUACGUAAAAGCCAUCGAUAUCUGGAUGGCCGUCUGUCUGCUGUUUGUGUUCUCGGCCCUGCUCGAGUACGCCGCCGUCAACUUCAUCGCCCGCCAGCACAAGGAGCUGCUGCGCUUCAGACGGAGGCGACGACACAUGAAGGAGGAUGAGACGGGCGAGGGCCGCUUCAGUUUCCCCGGUUACGGCAUGGGCCCUGCUUGCCUGCAGGCUAAGGACGGCAUGGCCAUCAAAGGCAACAACAACAAUGCCCCGACCUCGGCCGCACCCGAAAAGAGCAUUGAGGAGAUGAAGAAGCUGUUCAUCAGUCGGGCCAAGCGCAUCGACACGGUGUCCCGCGUGGCCUUCCCGCUCGUCUUCCUCAUUUUUAACAUUUUCUACUGGAUCAUUUACAAGAUCAUCCGCAGCGAGGACAUCCACAAGCAGUAGUGGAGAGCUGAGGAGGAGGACGAGGAGGAGAACGGUGCGAAGAGGAGAAGACAGAGAAAAGGAAACAGAGCGCUGACUUCGGUACAAGAUCUGUUGCCCCUUUUUCCACCGAGCGUUCUCUCCUCUUCCUCUUCCUUCGCCUUCAUUUGGUCGAGGAAAGUCACUUUCUUUGUGGCGGUCGCUCACCAUGGCACCACCUGACGCCUACAGACACGAUUUCAAAUAUUUAUUAUUGCUUUAUUUUUCCUUUAAUCUCCUCUCCUACCCUGAAACCUGCCCCGUUCCCGUCUCCUUCCAGCUCCUGAAUAAUCCGGACCGGUGCAAUAGCAAUGCAGUAAAAUGCAUGAUAUAUGAAUGUGGCAAUAUAUUCAAGAAACGAAAAGUUCAACUUUUGCAGGCAUCCCAGCAAAAACUGUGUGGGAGCAGUCGGACUGAACAAGCGAGGCUUGUAAAAGAAAUGUUGUGUUUGAUUUUAGCUUUUUGUGUGACGACAGAUAUAAUGCUAUGUGACGGGUGGGUCGUGCGAGAGCAGUGUAAUAUACUCAUAUAUGUUAUCAUAACUGGGAAAAAAUAGGAUGUUUGUUUCCACAGGUGGGCGUCUGGAUUUAAAGGAUUUUUCACCCAAAAAAAAGAAAAGAAAAGAAGGCGGGCCGAUCGGUGCUUCCAUUGAACAAAGCGAUGCAAAGGUCGCGCUUUCUGUAUAUCGAGAUUUGCUUCAAAUGUGUACUGCAAGCACUCCUCAAAGCUCCCCCUUGCUCCCGCUGCCAUCAAGCACCGUGAAACUGAACCGACCUGUCAAUCACACGACUGGACGACAUGGGACAAACUAUCUCAUUUAUCCGUGCUCAGCGUGUUCCUCUGCCUGUCCUUCAUUUCUGUUUUUUCGGUUGUUUCUUAAUGAAUUUCUGUGCCGACUCAACACGUGGCUCCUGCGGCGCUCUGACACGCAGGAAGGAGGUGCGCUCUGAUGUCAGCAGCUGAUGUCGCCUCGCAGGCUCCUGGGUUUUUGAGAUUUCGCUUUGUUUUGGUGAAAGCGGACAGAGAACUACUCGAGCGAGGACGUAGCAACACACAGAUACGUUUACAUCUCCAGUAGUGCUUCCUUGCUUUGACCCCGCCUUAACGUGACGCCGCCCAUCCCGCUCCCCAGCCGAGAGGACAUAUGUUACCUUAAUUAACUGUAUUCCCGCCUCGUUCGUAUGCACCGACUGUAGCUGCAAACCUCAUAAAGCUACGCCGCCAUCCACAUGCAGAGGCUGUGAUGAGGGGAUUCGUCAUUUGAGGCUUCAUAAGUGUGACUAAUGAUUUUAUUUGUUUCUUUUUUUUCUUGUACUUUGCACCAGGCUUCUCUAUGCAAUGAUCAGUAUAUGCAAAUAUGAUUUUUCCCACGUCUUAGCACCCUCAUCCACAUCCCGCUGCAGACAGUGAGAAAAGGUCUUUCAUGCUUAUUGGUCAGAAUGGAGACAAAGGUGUUGCAAACUGCCCAGGCACUUCUGCCCAAUGCACACGGAUCAGUAGAUGGAGAAAAAUAUAUAUAAAUAUAUAUGUGUGUAUGUUUUAAACUAGAAAUCUGAAGGAAGGAGGUGGAAGGAGGAGAGUGAUGAUGUGUGUGCAGUGAGAACUCUGACAGGCUGUGAUGUGCAAUGUUCUUUUUUUUUGCAAACAUUUAAUCAGUCUCACACUAUCUUUUUCUGCUUCUUACACAAAAACCUGCCUUUGCAGCCAAACCUCAAAGGAGCACGUCGACGAUUCUUUGUGAGACACCGGGAGGCCUGGCUCAGCCGUACUGCCCAGUCAGAAACAUUUUAUUAAAUUCCAGCUUGUGCGCUGGUUAAAUUAGCCUGAUGUAGCUAUUAUAUAUUAUAGUUUGUGUUUCCUCGUUCUGUCCCAGUCCACAGACAUACUGUAAGAGUCUUAGAGAGAGCGGAUGAAUAUUUCCGAUUAUUCCUCCGAUAACCUCUGAUCAGUGAGCCACCAGCUGAAAGUCAACCAGCCAGCUAGACCUUCCUCGCUCUGACAAUAAAACAUGGAUUAUUUGUUUUGGUCUAAAUAUCAGACACGGGGAGAUUGGCACAAAGUGCAUCUCCACUGUUAACUGAAACAAACAUUUCGCUGUCCAACUCUGCAUUGUGAGAAAAAAUAUGAUUUAAGAGGCUAUAAUUUCAUAUUCCUUUUAUCCUCAGAGACAGAAAUACAAAACAAUAUUUUCAUUUGGAUGAUUUCUUCAUUUCUCUCCUCCUGCUGUUUAAUCCAUGAAUCCGCAGCAAAGGGAUUCCUUAAAACUAAUUUGGGUUUUGUGUCUUUUACAGAACAGCUGAUGUAGAUUUUAAUUUACAUCAUUCACUUUGUCUCAAAGUACACUGCGAGCAAUCCGAAGGGCUAUGCUCCACCUCUCCCUCUGCUCACAUGAUCCCAGCCUGUUCUGACUUUAAAAUGGAAGUGCCAUAAAAUCUGCUUCAGUCCAAACUAUGCAUCUCAUUCACCGAAUCAUUCCCAGAAAAGGAAAACUGCUCAAAGCUGGAACCUCAGAGGUGCUUCGGUUACUUACAGAGGCCGUUUUAUUUCCACAUGCGCGGCUGUGUUUCCGUGAGCUCCGGUCGAAUCCCCGCCUUCACCCUCUCACCCUCCUUAUCGUUACACCUUCAGAGAUGUGGGCACGGAUUCAGAUUCAGAGCAGAUCAGACGGUUCAAGCAGGGAAAGUAAAAAGGUGGUGUUUUUUCUGAAAACCCACAAAUAUGCAUGUUAAAUGAAGACCUCACCCAGGUCCAAAGUCACACUUGUACUUCUCUGCUAUUCAUGUAUGUGGGAGCAACGAAGCAAAACAAGCUCACUGGGCCUUUCAAAGGCUGCUGUGAUGCUUCUCACACAGCGUUCUUGGUUUGACCAAAGUUCUCCAGAAAUCACCUUAAAGCUAAUUCCAGGUAAUAAACUCUUUCAGUUACACAGGUCAGUCAAGCAGGUGCAGUACUUAAAAAGUAAACCGUUUAGUGCUGCUGAAAGGAAUAUUUUAUAUUUGUGUACAGGGACAAAUCAACGCUGUCUUAAAUGGAAGUGUUCGACUUUUAGUCCACCUGGCUCAGUCGUGGUGAGGCACACAACAAACUUUAAAAUAUCUUUUAUAAUAGAGCUUGAGGUGCAGCUCUUCCCAGCAAAUGAACUUAUGGAUCCGUGCACGCUCGCCAGGAAAAUCGUAUUUUGCAGACUUGGCAGCUCCUCUGAGCGACACGUAUGAUGCAAACCGCCUCUGAUGGCCUCUGUUUGCAGUGAAGCCUCCUCUGUGGUCACGGCCUGCACCCAGGUGGGAAACCUCAGCCGGCUCAAUCUGAUUAGGACGGCUCCUUUUAUCUUCUGUGCCAAAAACACAAGGACAUCAGUCGCCUGUUUUACAUACACAUGUACAUCUUCUCGUGCCAUAUGGGGGUUGAAUAUGCAACAAAAAAAGAGGACCUAGAAGCAUAUCGUGCAUCCAUUCAACCAUCAUUUCCCAGCAUUUACGGCCCUCCCCUCAGGCGUGGGUCUCGUGCGUGUCAUAGUUGUUGUAGAGCUUUUUGUCAGGCCUCAUGCCGUCGUAUUAAUCAUUGUUCUCUGUGGGUUUGGGGGGCAGAGGGGGGGAUACUGUGGGUUGGUUUUGCAUCGCGAUGUGAUGCAAACUGACAGAAGGAUGAGAGAGAGGGAUGCAUUUUUAGACGUUUAUGGAUUUUAAAGUAGCAUGGUUUGAUUUGCCGAUGAUUAAUGAUUCACGGGCUUUUGCAGGGUUUGUUUGAUUCUCUUGUAUUUUAUUGUAUGUAAUAUACAACCCGAUGACCCCGAGGCAGAAGGAGAAAAAAACAGAGACUCUCGAACUGCUGUGAACUAAAGGAAACAUUAUUAUGACGAUUCUUCUUCUUCUUAUUUAUUUAUUUACUUUCUUUGCACAAGUUGGAAUGGCCUUAAUUUUGCUUUGGUUGCUUCUCUCGUGUAUUGGCACAAAGUGCACCUGUUUCGUUUGCCGAACUUACGAUUAUGCUCAUUAUGACGCUUAUAAUCUGAACGUGCACAUCAGAGCAGAAUGAAAAAAAAAAGUUCAGCAAAUCCUUUUUAUUUUUCAUUAAUCUGAGAAUCAAUAUUUUGCAUGAAUAUAAAUAAAAUGGCAGAUAUUUUGGCUUGUAUAAAAAAAUGUGAAGCAAUUUGAAGAGAAAAAAAAAGAAUGUACCGUUUCUGCUGUAUCUGUAUAUAUCUAAAUAUUUACUGAAAUAUGUCAUACUACUAAUUCUAUUAAUGAUUAAAGGUUUUCUGAACAAAAAUCUCUUUACCUGUUUUUGAACAUUGUCGAGGUUGUUGGAGUUGGAUCUUCUGCUUUCUGUUACUCGACUCAAGGAUCUGUGUAAUCGUUCGAGAAAAAGUAUUAAAAAUUGCAAAGAAA